AUGGAAGACAACCUGCAGCUUCCGUAUUAUUCCUCGGAUGGCGCGGAAAAAUUUUUGGAGCCCUUCGUGAAUUUUGAGAAUGUUACCCCACAAGGACAAAACUCUUCGGGCCUAACAUCAGCAUUGGAAGUCGACAAGCAGGCAGUUUACAAACAUCCCCUGUUUCCAUUGUUGUGCCUCAUAUUUGAGAAGUGUGAAAUGGCCUCUCAGUUCAAAAAUCGACGAACUUCUCCGGAUUGGCCCUUGGAAGUUCGGACUUUCGUGGAACACCAUUUUGCGCAAGAUCCAGAAUUUUUUAUCACGAAACACAAAGAAGUGGAUGACCUGGCAAGUCUUCCUCCUCCGAAACUGCGUUGUGGGAAUCUGGUGAAAACUGAAUGCGACUACGAUUCAGAUUCUUCCAGUCUUGGAGCCAAUGACGGUGCAAAUUUUGCGAACGGCAGUGAGAUGUUACCGCAGUCGAUGGUUCAGAACAAGAAAAAAACGCUUGUUACAAAACUACAGAACUUAAACGGUGCCAAAUCUUUCGUUCAAGACAAUAAUGACGAGCUGUUAUACCAGGAUGAAAAUUGUUUCGAGGGAAAAGUCGAGAACCUUGAAUUAGAUUUCAACGUUCACGAAUUGGGAAAAACUGACAAAUCUGCGAAGAGCAAAAACCGGGAGAACAAAUCUCGUAGAGAUGCCAAGACUGCUUCGUUGAAGAAGUAUGGCUUGCCCAGAGGCGCUGUCAUCACCCUGAAGAAAUGGUUGUUCGAUCACAUUGUACAUCCAUAUCCCACUGAGGAGGAAAAGAAGAUUCUAGCGUCUGAAACGAACUUGACUUUAUUGCAAGUAAACAAUUGGUUCAUCAAUGCACGAAGACGGAUUUUGCAACCGAUGUUGGACCUGUCCAGUGUGCUAACAGCGAAUGUCAGUAAUGGAGAGGAGUCGAAUGCGGAAGACAGCGAUAAUGUAUCGGCACCGAAUAAAAAACGGGCGCAUCAGGAUGAACUGACAAUUGAUAAUGGCUGUGAAGCUACGGGAGUGAAUCGCGAAUUUCGUGCAAUCAUGCCGCCCACGAAAUCAGCACUAGGUGCUUGUCAGAAAGAAGAGAGCGAAUCUUCGGAAGCAGUCUCCCUAUCCGGAGUUGCGGCUGCUGCGGAAGAAGACUCUGAAAAUGACGAUGAUGACAUGGAUUGCGAAAUGGGUCAGCUGGAGAUCGACACUUACAUCGAACGAAGAGCGGAGUGUCAAGCAGCGAUGAACUUCUUGGAGACAAGAUUCAACGAGUGGAAAGAUUUACUGUACGGCAACCGUUUAAAAAAGUACGAAGAGAAGCUGAAAUCAGCCAAAUCCGGGAACUCACCUGAUCUGUUGGAGCGUGUGGAAGAGUUACGAAGAGCUGAGGUCGAAAAAAAUGCACAAGCCUCCAACCUUUUCAAAAUGAGGAAUGAAAGUACAAAAGAUAUUAAUGCGUCCAUGAAAAUGCAAUGCCAUCAAACUGCUCAGGUGACUAGUCAGUUCACCGCAUUUUUGUGCGUUGAAAGAGCUGCCGAAAGGAAGUGGCUUCUCAAGGAGCGAUUACGAGACAAUCUCCUGGACGAUCUUCGAAAACUGGACGAGAAAUUCGAAGUGGAUGCUACGCUUAGCCGCGCUGUCCAGGAGCCUCUAAUAGGGAAAGAACCAAAGAAAACGAGACCGGGAAGAAUCCCGAAGAAGAAGCACACGAUAGUGAAAGAGCCAUGUGUUAUUCUCGGGUUAGAAGACGAUGUGUUGGCGAAUGACAUGGCAUUCUUUGAAACCCUUCGUUUGGAAACUUUGGUGCAUGAGAAAGUAGAAUCCAAAAGCAGACUGGUCAAAGUGGAGGUGAAAUUAGAAAAUACUUGAUUAUUUAAAAAUUAUUUUUUUACAUUUUUGAUUCGUUCAUUUUCCAUUCAAGUUCAAAUUUUUGUUUCGAGCCUGAAAUUAAGGCUAUAGAGGAUGUUGUUUCGCUUGGAAAAUUUCAGGCCCGUGUUUACAAUGGAAUUUUGGAUUUUUUUUUCAGUGCUCAUUAUGUUUUUGUUCUUGAAAUACAAUUUUUAUACCCGUCGGUUACGCCCUA